AUGAAUAUAUAUAUCUUUUUACAAAUUCAAAUUUUCGUCAUAUGCGUACUUAUUAAGUGCGCUUCAGGAAGUAUAUAUUUAGGUGAGUCUAUCAGAAGCAGUUUAGGUUCCGAAGAAGUUAAUUAUGAAUACAAUUAUGAGCAUUAUAAGAAUGGUCCCGUCCGAGAAGAAAUUAAGAAAUGGCUAGAUGUAGAGUUUCAUGCAUCUACUGAUGUGCUAUAUUACUUAUUGCGUAUUAGUAAACAUAAAUGGAAUAUUUUUUAUGAUAUAUUGUUUACGAGCCAUAUUACAAAUGCAGUUCGUAAAUUUGAAGAGAUGUAUUCAUUUAGGUUUAUUGAUGAAAAUGCUAGACAGAGUUGUGUUAGUAGAAUAAAGGGACGUCUUCUUUACUUUCUACGUCAGGAUUAUAUAACAGAAGAAUAUUGUAAACAAAUACAGAAAUAUUUUUGGAUAGAGGAAAGAUUAGAAGAGGAAAUGUCAGUUAAGGUGGAUAAGGCAAAAACUAUUCCAGAAAAAAAAAACGUUUGUAAUGAUUAUGAUGAAAUGAAAAGAGUUAUAAGUGUUUAUGAAAAAGGUACAGGUGUGAAAUUAACAGAUGAUAUAAUUCAUUUUACUCUAAGUUUAGCUAGAGGAUUCCUUCUAGAUUUACUAAAAGCAGAAGGAACUGUUGUACCUUCUACAGAUUUACUAAUGAAUCGAGAUGAUGAUACGUCUCCAGAAAAAGUAGAUUCAGAUUUUAAUUUUAAUCGCGAAUUCGAUUUCGAUGAUUUUUAUAGAGUUUAA